AUGAAAACAAGUGGGCCAGGGAAGCGUGUCCGAUUCCUUCCGAUUUUCAUCAGCAACCGCGUUUACUUCAUGAAUGCUGAGUGGUUAUCGAUGGGGUGGUCGAUCUGGACUUCUGCGGAAAUGUGGUUUGAGCGGGAUUACUUUUUGCCCCUUCCAAAUGCAGAUGCCUCGGCAGCAAUCCACCGCAUGUCGGAUUAUGCGAGCACGAUGUCUUUCUCGAAGCGUUUGCUGAAGCAUCUGAAGCAGCCUGUCUGGGAUGGUGUUUGCUGGCGACAGUCGGACAAGAAUCUCUUUGAGGAAGCGGGAGCUCUAGCCUUCUGGACCGAGCAUUCUGAAAGACAUUGGCUUGUUUCCGUCUUGGCCAGCUUGGGAGUACCGCCCGAAAAGCGCGAUUUUGUUGGACGUCGGCGGAUUGUCACGGUCUCGGACGAGUAUGUCCGUGCAGCGCAGCAUGCAGUAAUUACUCUGCAAAAGGCGGCAUUGGAAGGAGUGCGCAAAGACGCACGCUGCGAUUUGGUCAACGGCUGUCUGUGUGACUUGGCGGUCUUCCUUAAGGAUCGUGGUGUGGAAUGUGUAGCUACAUCAGCCCAGGCCGAUCCUGACGACCUGCACGAAAUGGUGCUCGUCUACGAGCUGCAGGAUGCUGAAUAUGAUGUCGCCUGCAAGCACUGCUGGCGCAAUGGCGAGCAGCCGCAGAAUCCCACGCAUGGGGCGUCAGACGCCAGCGGCAGCGAUGAGGACGCGUCUUUGCGUGAUAGCGACACAUCUUUGGCUCGGUCUGAGCUAGAGAGAAUCCUGUGCUUCACGUUGCCCUGUGCUUCCUACUUGCGAGGCGAGUGGGGUCGUUUUGUCUUGCAGGGCUCCGGUUUUGCGAGCGCGACGCGAAGUGAAGAGGGUCCGGACCUGGGCGGGGACAGGAGCAAGGGGGGCGGGGAGGGAGCAGGCUCUCCGUCAACUGCACACGAAGACUUUUUGCGCUGUCCGUCGGGGCGCUGCGUUCCGGUCGUAACCAUAAAGGCCGAACUCUACCUUGUCUCCUGCAAUGUCCACUGGCUGUCUGGACUGGGGAACUUUGCCUUGGUUAAUUUUGCAAGGGCAGGGCUCGUGAAAGCAUCUUUAUCACCGGCCGGUCAGGCUAGUGAGGCUCGUGAAAGCAUCUUUAUCACCGGAGUUCUUGUCGUUUUGUUCUUAGUUGCUGCGGGGGCCCUGCUUGGUGAUCCCGCCAUGACGGAUGCCCGCACCGACGACCAGAUCCUUGCUUCCGCGGAGUCACCGCUGCGCUACAUCAUGGACGAUGUUGGGGAAGGCUUCAUCUCCUUGCACAUCUUCGCCGGGAUUGAUGAAACCCGGACGGAGGUACGGGAGGCCUUGGCGACAGAACUUCCCCUGGACUGCAGCACGGGGGCAGAAGCCCGUGUAAGUAUGGCGUUGUUGUUGACAGCGUGGGAAGCUUGCCGGCGACAAAUCUCUGUCAACGACAAGAACCGUGUUGAGGCAAAGCUGGGCGUUCAAGAUCGUGCGGUUCAAGUGACCGAGUACGCAGCCAUGCGGGAGGCAGUGGAAAGUGGCCAUGGCGUGCUAGGCGAUAAGGAGCUACCUUCCAAGUCCUUGUUGGCGCAGAAGUUGGAACAAGUAGAGGACAAUGCGCCACAUGUGGAAGACCUACGGGAUGUCACCAGUGCUGAGGACGCCGAGGUUGAGUCCUAUGCAGCCGUCAUCGAUCCUUCGUCUUCUUGCCUUCGCUUCAAGCCAGGGGGCACCAUGACCACCCCGCCUGGCAGUCCUGAGGAGCUGAGGCUCCGUCAUCGACGGAUUGGGUUGGCGUGGCUCAUGGUCCGCACGAAGCACACGACUCGGGCUUGGCUCCGCGAGUCUGUGGUGGACAGCUUUCGCAGGUUAUCUGAUCAUGUGUUGGGUGAUAAAGUUGCAAUCUUGCGUGCAGAGGAUGGUCGGGCCCCCAAGUGGAGCCUUGUGCUACAGUAUGAGGCUGAGCUGCGGAAGAACACGUACAAGUACAUCCGGGCAGGCGAGGCGACCGACACCGGGGAUGCCAUUAACACAGCCUGUCGUGCACCUGGUUUGCUUGCGUUUCACUUCGUUACACCCUUCUCCCUGGGCGCUUUCGUGCUUCCGAGUGCAACCACGUCAGCAUGGAUUGGCUUUGCCAGAUUCGCCACAUGUUUCGCUGCCUCCGUGGAAUAG